AUAAAUACCACCAUACUCUUAACACUAUUCAUAUUAACACUGCCCCUAAUAACACCCAUAUACCCAACCAUAAAAGCAAAAACAGCUGUAAAAAUAGCAUUUUUUACAUCAGUACCCCCAUUAAUCAUAUUUACCCUCCUAGACAUUGAAUCCAUCAUCACCAAUUUUCAUUGAUCUCACACAUCCACAUUUAACAUUAACAUAAGUUUUAAACUAGACCAAUACUCAAUAAUAUUCGUACCUAUCGCCCUCUACGUCACAUGAUCCAUUUUAGAAUUUACCAAUUGAUACAUAUCCACAGACCCAGACAUCCUAAAAUUCUUCAAGUACCUAUUAAUCUUCCUAGUGGCCAUAAUAAUCCUAGUGACAGCCAACAAUAUAUUCCAAUUUUUCAUUGGAUGAGAAGGAGUAGGAAUCAUAUCAUUCCUAUUAAUUGGAUGAUGACGAGGGCGAACAGAAGCAAACUCAUCAGCCCUACAGGCUAUCAUCUACAACCGCAUAGGAGACAUCGGACUAAUCCUCAGCAUAUCAUGAUUGGCAGUAAACACAAACACAUGGGAACUUCAACAGAUAUUCACCUGCACAAACCCCACCCCCCUACUCCCCCUACUUGGCCUAAUUCUAGCUGCAACUGGAAAAUCAGCCCAAUUUGGCCUCCACCCGUGAUUACCAGCAGCUAUAGAAGGUCCAACUCCAGUCUCAGCAUUACUACACUCCAGCACUAUAGUAAUUGCAGGUAUCUUCCUACUUAUCCGAAUACAUCCAAUCCUAACCACAAACAACUCAGCCCUAACAACCUGCCUCUGCUUAGGAGCUAUCACCACCCUAUUCACAGCAUUUUGCGCUCUAACCCAAAACGACAUCAAAAAAAUCAUUGCUUUCUCCACAUCAAGUCAAUUAGGCCUCAUAAUAGUAAGCAUUGGCCUAAACCAACCACAACUAGCUUUCCUACACAUCUCCAUACACGCUUUCUUUAAAGCCAUACUUUUCUUAUGCUCCGGCUCCAUUAUUCACAACCUCAACAACGAACAAGACAUCCGAAAAAUAGGAGGACUCCAUAAAUCCUUACCAAUUACCUCUUCAUGUCUAACCAUUGGUAGCCUAGCACUCACAGGCAUACCAUUCAUAACUGGAUUUUACUCCAAAGAUAUUAUUAUCGAAACCAUAAAUACAUCAUAUCUAAACGCCUGAGCCCUACUCCUAACACUAACCGCAACCUCAUUCACUGCAAUUUACAGUUUACGAAUCAUAACAUUCGUACAAACAGGACAACCCCGAUACCACUCCGCAAUAUUACUAAACGAAAACAACCCAACAAUCAUCAACCCAAUUACCCGCCUUGCCAUAGGCAGCAUUAUCGCCGGACUGAUCAUCUCAAUAAACAUUACACCUCUAAAAACCCAACCAACAACAAUACCAACGUACAUUAAAAUUGCAGCACUAGUAGUAACAAUCCUGGGCCUACUUCUAGCCCUGGAACUAACCAUAAUAACCAACAAAAUAACCCCAAAACCCUCAAACACCCACAACCUUUCCAAUUUACUAGCCUAUUUCAACACCCUAACCCACCGCUCACUCCCAAUUACCAACCUAAAAUUUAGCCAAAACAUCGCAACCCACUUAAUCGACCUAUCCUGAUACGAGAACAUCGGCCCAAAAGGACUAACUAAAUUACAAAUCACCCCAAUCACAAUAAUCUCAUCAUCGCAAAAAGGUCUUAUUAAAACCUAUAUAACCUCAUUCAUCAUAUCAAUCGCACUAAUCACACUACUAAUCACUAUAUCCUAA